CUCGAAAAACUUUGGUUCUCUCUCUCUGCAUUUAAAGUCUUACAUUUCAGCGGAAAAAUCUCAAGUUGCAGAGGUAUCCGAUACUCGUGAAUAAUAAAAUUCGAGUCUCAUUUUGUUCGUCUUGUGCGAUUUGUUUUAUUUUUUAUUUUCGUAUCAGAUCUGCUCAAUCAGGUUUAGAAAUUUUUGCAGCACUGAAAUUUGUUUUUGUGUUUUUGGGCAAUUAUUCAUUUGUUAACACAUGGAAAUCUGCAAAAUAGAUUGUUCAUAAGGCGAAAUCUGUUAAUGUGAGUUUUUGGGUUUGCAGUAUAUUUCUGUCAUCUGUACAGAACGGCAGAGGAUAAGUAAUGUUGUAGCCUUAAAAAGCAUUUUAUGUUAAACGAGGAGAAAGCUUCUCGUAUUGUUGGGUAGGUGCAGAGAAUGAAUUCGAUGGCAUCUCCGGCAUCUUCAUUGUCCAUCUCUAUCAGCAGUGGGGGAAGGCCUUUCAGAGCCAUGGGGAUUGGAAGCCCAAACCCUAAUACCCCAUCUUCUGUAGUGAAUAGAAGAGCUUCAAGUGGGGGAAGAUACAAGUCUGCAUCCAUUGAGGAGGAUGAGGAAGAUGAAGAUGAUGAUGAAGAAGAAGUUAAUUCAGAAUUUACCAGGUCAUACACGGUUCAGAUUCCACCAACACCAGACCACAACAACAACAGCAGCAGCAACAACUGCCCCAACUUGUCCAAUCCUGUUUCUGGGUCAUCCACACAGACAAUGGAAGCCAAUGCCAAAGAGGCAGAGCAGCAAUUUGUGUCAAGCAACAUUUUCACAGGGGGGCACAACAGUGUGACUAGGAUCCAUGCGAUGGAUAAGGUGAUAGACAGAGAGCCCAGCCCAAGACAAGGGCAUCCUCAAAUGGUCUGUUCCUUGGCUGGUUUAAUCUGUGCUGUUGAUGGAUGCGAUGGGAAGGUGAUGAGGGAUGAAAGGGGUCAGGGGUUGAUUCCAUGUGGCUGUCAAUUUAUGGUUUGCAGGGACUGUUAUAUGGAUGCUCUAAAGAAUGGCGGCCAGUGCCAUGGGUGUAAAGAGCAGUAUAGGGGAAUUGUGGGUCCUGAAGGGCAGAUUCAGACUUCUUCUUCUUUUGAGGCAGAUGACCUUCCCCUGAAUAUUGCCCCACCGCCUAUGGCCGAAUCCAAACCGCAGCGGCGCUUGUCGCUUGUCAGAUCAAUGAAAGGAGCUCUUAGGAAGAGCUUCCAUGGCAAUCCCGAGUUUGAUCACAACCGAUGGCUUUACGAGACCAAGGGAACUUAUGGGUAUGGCAAUGCGCUCUGGCCCAAGGAAGGAUAUGCUGGAGAAGGGGUUAAUGGAAGUAUGAAUCCUCCCAAUUUUGGGGAGAAGGCAAGGAGGCCUAUGUCAAGAAAGGCAAAGAUUUCAACUGGAAUCCUCAGCCCAUAUAGGUUGUUGAUGGUAAUCCGUCUUUUGGCUCUUGGUUUCUUUCUGACAUGGCGCAUUCGUCAUCCCAACCGAGAUGCAAUGUGGCUGUGGGGGAUGUCAGUUGUAUGUGAAAUUUGGUUUGCAUUUUCAUGGAUUCUGGAUCAGCUUCCCAAGCUUUGCCCUAUAAAUAGAGUGACAGAUCUCAAUGUUCUCAAGGAUAAAUUUGAACGCCCAUCUCUUAAGAACCCAAGAGGGAAGUCUGAUCUUCCUGGAAUUGAUGUAUUUGUAUCUACUGCAGAUCCAGAAAAGGAGCCUCCACUUGUUACAGCUAAUACCAUUCUCUCCAUUCUUGCAGCUGAAUAUCCAGUGGAGAAGCUUUCUUGCUAUUUGUCUGAUGAUGGUGGUUCUCUUCUUACAUUUGAAGCUCUUGCAGAGGCUGCAAGUUUUGCUAGAAUCUGGGUACCGUUUUGCAGGAAGCACAAUAUAGAGCCUCGCAAUCCUGACACCUAUUUCAAUAUAAAACGAGACUUUACCAAGAACAAAGUGAGACCAGAUUUUGUGAAGGAGCGUAGAAGAGUGAAGAGAGAGUAUGAUGAAUUCAAGGUGAGGAUUAAUUCAUUACCAGAUUCCAUCAGGAGACGAUCAGAAGGUUACAAUACUCAUGAGGAAAUUCGGGCAAAGAGGGCACAUAUUGAAACAGGAGGUGAUCCUACAGAGCAACUCAAAGUACCAAAGGCUACCUGGAUGGCAGAUGGUGCUCAUUGGCCCGGUACAUGGAUUUCUGCUAGCAGAGAUCACUCCAGAGGAGAUCAUGCGGGAAUUAUUCAGGUCAUGCUGGCUCCUCCAAGCUCAGAACCUCUGAUGGGUAGCUCUGAAGAGGACAAUUUGAUUGAUACAACAGAAGUAGAUAUUAGACUGCCCAUGCUGGUAUAUGUGUCAAGAGAAAAAAGACCUGGUUGUGAUCACAACAAGAAAGCUGGUGCCAUGAAUGGUCUGGUUCGCACCAGUGCUAUCAUGUCUAAUGGGCCAUUCAUUCUCAAUUUAGACUGUGAUCAUUAUGUUUAUAAUUCUCUUGCUUUGAGAGAAGCAAUGUGCUUCAUGAUGGAUGGUGGUGGAGACAAGAUUUGUUAUGUCCAAUUUCCCCAGAGGUUUGAAGGAGUGGACCCAAAUGACAGGUAUGCCAAUCACAACACUGUUUUCUUCGAUGUAAACAUGAGAGCCCUUGAUGGACUACAAGGCCCCAUGUAUGUAGGCACAGGCUGUGUCUUCAGGAGGAUUGCUCUCUAUGGAUUUGAUCCUCCAAGGGCCACUGAACAUGGAGGCUGUUGUGGUGGAAGGAAGAAAAAGUUAAAUUUAAAUCCUCGUGGUUCUAAUAAGUCUAAGGGCAAAGUUACACCAUCACUCAGUGGUUCAAGCAAUGAAGAGGAAGAUCUAGAGUCUCAGCUUCUCCCCAAGAGGUUUGGUAACUCCAUCACUCUUUCUGCAUCUAUACCUAUUGCAGAAUAUCAGGGAAGACCUCUUGCAGACCAGCAAGGAGUAAAGACUGGUCGACCUGCAGGUGCCCUGGCAGGCCCUAGAGAGCCUCUGGAUGCAGCUACAGUAGCUGAAGCAAUCAAUGUCAUAUCUUGCUGGUAUGAGGAUAAGACUGAGUGGGGACAAAGGGUGGGUUGGAUUUAUGGUUCAGUAACAGAAGAUGUUGUUACAGGAUACAGAAUGCAUAAUAGGGGGUGGAGAUCAGUGUAUUGUGUGACAAAAAGAGAUGCAUUCAGGGGCACUGCUCCAAUCAAUCUCACUGAUCGUCUGCAUCAGGUCCUCAGAUGGGCUACUGGAUCGGUGGAGAUCUUCUUUUCUCGCAACAAUGCUUUGUUUGCCAGUAGCAGGAUGAAGUUUUUGCAGAGGAUAGCCUACAUAAAUGUUGGAAUCUAUCCCUUCACCUCCAUCUUUCUCAUGGUUUACUGUUUUCUGCCUGCACUUUCCCUUUUUACUGGACAGUUUAUAGUGCAAACGCUGAAUGUUACAUUCCUUGCAUUUUUGCUCACCAUCACUGUGACACUCUGUCUGCUGGCAAUUCUUGAAAUCAAAUGGUCUGGAAUUACAUUGGAAGAAUGGUGGAGAAAUGAGCAGUUUUGGCUGAUAGGAGGUACCAGUGCACACCCUGCAGCAGUUUUACAAGGUCUGUUAAAAGUGGUAGCAGGAAUUGAUAUAUCUUUCACACUUACCUCCAAGUCUGCCAAUGAUGACACCGAAGAUGAAUUUGCAGAGCUUUAUGUAAUAAAAUGGAGUUGUCUCAUGAUCCCCCCUAUCACAAUAAUGAUGAUAAACAUAAUUGCCAUAGCAGUGGGAAUGUCCAGGACUAUUUAUAGUGUAAUUCCACAGUGGAGUAAGCUAAUGGGAGGUGUCUUCUUCAGCUUCUGGGUGCUUUGCCAUCUAUAUCCUUUUGCAAAGGGACUUAUGGGCAGGAGGGGAAAAACUCCCACCAUAGUAUUUGUAUGGUCAGGCUUGUUGGCCAUCACCAUCUCUCUUCUGUGGGUUUCCAUUAGCCCUCCCAAUGCUAAUAGUGAUCUAAGGAGAUUCCAGUUCCCCUGAAAUUGGUUAUUAUCAAAAUCAGGAUUCAGGAAUAAAGCCGAAUACUAUUGUAUAGUAGUAGUAUCCAGGAAUUCUUUUAAUUCUUUCAAUGGUAUAUAUGUAUACAGGCAAAAUUUUGAUUUCAA